AUAUAUCAUUAUUUAUCAGUUAAAAUAAAUAUAGUUUGUAAAAUUAUAUUACGUUCUAGUUGUAAGUGUCAGAUAUAAAUAAAAAUCUAUAAUAUAAAUAUAAAAUAUUAAAUUAUUCAUAUUUAUUCUCUACAAUAUUGAUAUUACAAAAUAUAUAACAGCAAUUACCAUAUAAUUUGUUACAGAUAAAAAAUAAUAAACUGAAAAAUGACUUUAAUUGAAGGAGUUGGUGAUGAAGUGACAGAUUUUUUCAUUGUUGUUGGUGUGAUAUUAAUUGGUUGGAUAGCAUGGUGUUCAACAAAUAUAUCCGAACAACCAUUGAUACGUACAGUAUUAAUAUUACAGCAUAGAACACGUACACGUAUAGCUGAAUUACGUGCCAAUAAUUCAUCAAGUAGAAUUAUUGAUAACAGAAAUUCGAGUGCAGAAGAGUCGAGUGAAGAAACGAUCGUACCAAGUAAUAGCAGCAGUAAUGAGCCCGAGGAAAAUUGUCCUGUUGAUAAUCAACAAGCUACGGCAGAAGCCACAGGUUCGCUGGCAACAGGGACAGCAACUUCAGAGCAAGUACUUAUAGAAGCUAUGGAUUCAUUGAAUGAUGACAGCAAUUUAUUGCACAGACCCGUAAAGUUAUCAGCGAGCAGUGAUAGCGAUAAACCUGACGAAGCUGAACAGUCAGGACCUGAACCAGCGCUAGCUGGUGACUCCCCUCAGGAUAUUUGCAAUGAAGACAAUGAGAUAACGAUUAAGUUGAAAUUUAUAAAUGAUGAUCAGAAAAUAGUCACCGGACGUUUGAAAGAAAUGUUGAGUGAAUUUAAAAGACGACAUUUUCAAGUUGAAUUGGAUGCCCAGAAGCGGGUGCGCUUAGUAUUCAAUGGACAAGUAUUACAACCAGACAGUGAGACACUGGAAAAAUGUGGACUGUUUCAUAAUUGUGUUGUCCAUUGUCUUGUUCAUCAGCCACUGAUACCGACAUCGACACAAUCGAGCACAAGUUCAUCGCGGUAUUCAAGUAACGGUAACAGUAAUCAGUCAUUUCAAAAUUUACCGGGCGGUGAUGGUCCUGGUAUCAGUUCACUGCACCAGGAGUGGGAUUUAAGUAGAUUAUUAGUCAGUAUUUUAACUCUGGUAUUGGCUAUCGCGUGGUACUCACGGUAUCAUUACGCCCAACUAUUUACAGUAACAACUACCAUGGCGUUGUAUGCACUCACUGCAUUGUUUACUCUGGCUCUCUUUGGUAAUUUUUUUCCUGAUCAAGAGAGCUUGAGAGAAGUUGAAUAAAUAAUUAUUUAAUUUUUU